UCAGAUUUGACAGGGAACCACUUGAAAGUUGAAAGACAAAGAAGUUGUGAGAUAUUUCAUGAGUGAAAAGAUGUCUGACUCUGGAGUCAAUCCACACUUGGAGGGGAUUAUUUCUGAUUUUGAAGCUCUGAAGAGGUCCUUUGAGGUGGAGGAUGUUGACACUUCAUCUCACUCUUCCCCCGGCUCCCGCCGGACAACCAACUCCCCUCACCGUAAUGCCAUGUCUCCUACCAGCAUCUACUACCGUGACCUGGGCACUGCCGCCAACAACAACAACAACCUCAACUACACCCAGCCUCGCUCCAUUAUGGGCGGAGGAGGCUCCAAGACCCCCGAGCCUGUGUCACGCCGUUCCGAACUUUCCAUCGACAUCUCCUCCUCCUCAUCCAACAAGCCGGUGGACAACGUCACCAGCCCUGCUUCCACGCGCUUUGUGACCAACAGCGCCCUCAAACGCCCCGAGGUCUUGGGCCACUCUAAGACCCCCGAGAUGAGCCACAGGAGGGAGGUCACUUUUGCCAAGACGCCUACUGACUCCCCAGUGAUACGGCGCAACGAGGGCAACAGUAACAACAAUGGGACCAGCCGGACCCCCGAGCAGAAUCACGCUCGCAAGUUUGAGCCCCCCAGUCCCGGGGAUGUACGGAAGCCUGAUAUCUGCAUCACCAGAGCUCCACCAGAGAACAAUGGCCACCACCCGCCAGUGCACCACCCACACCACCCCAACCCACACCACAACACCAUUGUGACCACCUUCCGCUGUUCCUCACCUAACCAUGCUGGACGCAAAUCCCCCAACCCUGACAGGUCAGAGGUCAGUCUGAGCCACAGCAACAUGUCCGAGUCCACCAAGCCCCACCACCCCGCUCCUCAGGGUAAGGGGGAGAAGACCCAAGGCAGCGAUUUCAGCUAUGUGGGUAUCGAUGCCAUCCUGGAGCAGAUGAGGAGGAAGGCCAUGAAGCAGGGUUUCGAGUUUAACAUCAUGGUUGUGGGGCAAAGCGGCCUGGGGAAGUCCACUCUGAUGAACACCCUGUUCAAAUCCAAGGUGAGCCGUAAAUCAGUUCAGCCCAACCCAGAGGAGAGGAUCCCCAAAACCAUCGAGAUCAAAUCCAUCAGCCACGAUGUUGAGGAGAAAGGAGUGAGGAUGAAGUUGACAGUAAUUGACACUCCCGGUUUUGGAGAUCAGAUCAACAAUGAAAACUGCUGGCAGCCCAUUAUGAAGUUCAUCAAUGACCAGUAUGAAGCCUACCUGCAGGAGGAAAUCAACAUCGAUAGAAAGAAGAGGAUCCCAGACUCCAGGGUCCACUGCUGCAUAUACUUCAUACCUCCCACAGGCCACUGUCUUAGGCCUCUGGAUGUGGAGUUCAUGAGGCGUCUCAGCAAGGUGGUCAACAUCGUCCCCGUCAUCGCCAAGGCUGACACACUCACCCUGGAGGAGAGGGACUUCUUUAAACAGACGAUUAGAGAAGAGCUGCGGGCCAAUGGGAUCGAUGUUUACCCCCAGAAAGAGUUUGAUGAGGAUGCAGAGGACAGGAUGAUCAAUGACAAAAUCAGGGAGAUGAUCCCCUUUGCUGUGGUGGGCAGUGACCAGGAGUACCAGGUGAACGGGAAGAGGAUUCUGGGGAGAAAAACAAAAUGGGGCACCAUAGAAGUUGAGAAUAUUGCACACUGUGAGUUUGCUUACCUGCGAGACCUCCUCAUCAGGACACACAUGCAGAACAUCAAGGACAUCACAGGCAGCAUCCACUAUGAGACGUAUCGUGUCCGCCGGUUAAAUGAAUCCAACGGCCAUUUCACCUCUCACCAAUCUGACCAUCCUACUGUUGAGUCAAAAACCAAUGGUCAGCCAGAGGAGCAGCCCAGCGCCCUGCAGGCCAACGGAGUGGCUGCCCAGCAUCAAGCCCUGUCCCACGAGAUGUAGAGAGUGUGGUGCCAAAAUAUGAUUUCAGGAAGCAGUCAGUCAUAAUACAUACACUCACUCAUGUAUCCUGUUUACAUGAACAUGCCCACACGCACACAUAGACAUGCACUCAUGCUGUGAAGACCAUUUUUAUUAUCUAGAAGGACUACCUAACCACAGCUUUUAAUUUAUCAGGAGGUUACAAGACACAGGACUCAGAGUAAAUCCCAGCAUUUUCCUUCUGCGGGCUGGUUACUUGUCAUUUCCAUCAUUGCAUUUUCUCCCAUCUGCUCGACUUCCCCAUGCAAUUUACAUUCAGGAUUGUUUACAAUAAACCAUGAACGUUGUCAGGUCAUGGAUAAACAAAACUAAAUACAUACAGUACAUGUCUCAUUAGUCAGCUUUGACUGGUGGGUUUGUUUUUAGAGCAUCCACUGAUUGUCAGCUCUGCAGUGGGAGUACAGCAUCUAUGCAAGCAAGAUGUGAGUGACUUAACAGUGAAGCAACAGACACAAGAUUUUGAUCAGAAUCAGUCAAAAUGAUGGAAAAAGAGUAAAAAAUUGGCAGGAGGUUUAACCAUUCAGGGCUGCCCUCAUGAGGAGAAAUGGCAAUUCAAAAUGAAGUACAGCAUUUCAGAUGAUACUAGAUUAGCUCUAAACUAGAAAUAGCUGUUAGUGCCACUGGCCUGGUCUGCUUUGUGUUGUGGUGUAUAGUUUUGUAUAGAUACUAGGGUUAAAUAGGGAUAUUUAGAUUAGGUUUAUAGUAUUAUGGAGGAAGUAAAGAUGUUGUUGACACCUCUGCACUGCCAAAUAAAAAAAGAAAGCAAUAGCAGUGUGGAGCAGCUUUCGGGAAAAUGAGUCGUCUUGUCAUUUUUCUGUUGUGCUAUGAUGUUUUUAAAACCCCUUUUUGCCAAACCAUCCUGCCUCUUUCUAUAUAAUGCCAAUGUUGUGUAAUACCGUCAUACCUUGCAUUUUACAUCGCUCAUUUACUAUUGUAUUUUUAUUGCUGUUGUUCAUGGUCUAAUAUUAUUGUGUAAGAUGGGGUUGUGGAGAAAUCUGUGCAACUGUUAUCCCAUGCAGCCAUUUUGCCCAUUUUUUUUUUUCUGACUGUAAACCAAAAUAAAAGUCAAUUUUUCUGUCCUAAAGAGAAGCACAUACAGUAUAUAGAGUCGAUUUAUGAAUAGGUAUUUAUGUGUAUGUUUAGUGUAAUCAGUAUAAUUCAACUUCCAUUCCAGCUGUUGGCUUCCAGAGGUUUGUUGCAGGUCUUAAACAGUGAUGAUCUUUUAGGUUUAGACAGUGUUAGUUUUUUUUGUUGCCUGCACUCAUACAAUAUGUCGUGCCCUGUUGGUUAGGCUCCACUAUAACUGGUGCCCAAGGAGUUAACCUGCUAGUGAAGUGGUCUGUAUUUGUUCAUUCAGUACUAAUAAUUACAGCUGAUCCCGCCAGUAGAUAAUGGUUAGAACAGUAAUGACAUUUAUGUUACUAACUUAAAUCAUUUUGUCUGAAGGGGAUAUUUUGCUAUUCACCGAGAGGAAGAAACAACCUUAAAUAAAACCCAUAAAAUGACAUGACACCACUGUAUUUUUAAUAUUUGUGAAAAAAUGUGUGCAUUCAUGCAAACUCACGGGAUGUUUUGUAGAGGGUACAUCUAAAUUUUUAACAUUCUCAUCAUUUCGUAAUAAACAUAGUCAAGUCACAAUAAAAACGUUUUCCAUACAUGCAAAGAGAAGUAAUGACUAUUGUCUCUUAUCCAGAGAAAGUUAUUGGGUUCCACUUUGUUUACUGUUGUAUAGUUCUUGUGUAAUUUGUUAUGAUAUUAUAGAUCAAGGUUUUAUCUUUGAUAUGCUAUCUCAAAGAAUAAAGAUUGAUAUUUUUAUUGUUUAAAAGUU